AUGUUCUUCUACACGCGCUAUCCAAAUUCAACAUUACUGAAAUCAUACUUUCCGGAUGUUCGAUUUAACAAGAAUAACACAGCGCAGUUGGUGAAGUGGUUUAGCAAUUUCAGGUGA